AUGGGGCUGCCUGGCAGAGCCCUGCUAACCAUGGGGGUUUUUAAAUGGGCACCAUCCCCCUCUCUCUGGAGGUUAGCGCUGCUGUUUUUCUCCAUCUGGGCACUUGAUGCACAAACUGCAGUGGAAACUAAACCCCUCUACAUCUGGCAAACAGGUCCGUGGGGCCGUUGUAUGGGGAGUGAAUGUGGUCCUGGAGGCAGUCAGACCCGAGCGGUCUGGUGUUCCCAUUCUGAGGGCUGGACGACCCUGCAUACCAACUGCGAACAGGCAGAACAGCCAGAUAACCAGCAGAGCUGUUUCAGAGUGUGUGACUGGCACAAAGACCUGUAUGGCUGGCAGCUGGGUGCCUGGAACCAGUGUGUCCCAGUGCAGAUGCGCAGCUCUGGGUUGCAGCCCUCCACCGUGUGCUCACGAGGAGAAGAGGGUAUCCAGACCCGUGAGGUGGGCUGUGUUCAGAAGGCUGAUGGUGAGCCUGCAGAAGAUGCAAUCUGUGAAUACUUUGAGCCUAAACCACGACUAGAGCAGGCCUGUCUCAUCCCGUGUCCUCAGGACUGCGUGGUGUCUGAGUUCAGCUCAUGGACUUCAUGUUCUAAAACCUGUGGCAUAGGCUUAAAAAACCGAAUCCGCUUAGUUCUUGCACCACCACUGUUUGGUGGGGCACCUUGCCCAAAUCUGACUGAAUUUCAGACAUGCCAGCCAGGAAUCUGUGAGGGAGAAGAAAGCCUUUACAGCCUCAGAGUGGGACCCUGGGGGCCCUGCUCGGUCCCACCAUCACGACAAGCAAGACAAGCUGACAACCCCCUCGGAGAGAGUACCAAAAAAUCCAGGAAAAGUUCCAAACUACCUAAAGAGCGUAACGUCCUGUCCAGAGAGGAAAACAAACAGACCAGAGAUAAUGAAAAACAGUCCGAAGAAGGAGAUAAAACAUUAAAGAAAGGUGAUAAGUUAUCCAGAGACAGUACCAAACCAUCCAAAGCCAAGAGAAAACUGGACAGAGCUGCCAGGAAAGAAGACAGACUAUCCCGACAAGCAGAUCAGCCCAAACGACAGAAAAAGGUUAAAAACAAGGGGAAAAAAGAGAAAACCAAAGGAGGAGUCAAAGAGAGGGUAAGACAGAGAGGAAGAGGGAAAGAUCCUGAGACCAGAGAGCUUCUCAAGAAGAAGAGGAACAAGAACCGUCAGAAACAGCCAAGAGGAAAGUUCUGGGAUCUGCAAGUUGGUUAUCAGACCAGAGAAGUGACCUGUGUUCACAAAAACGGGAAUACUGAAGCUCUGAGCUUUUGCUCUCAGGAGACUCUACCGGUCACCUUCCAGGGCUGCAUCAUUCCCAGAGACUGUGACGUGACUGAGUGGUCUGAAUGGUCAGCUUGCUCCAAGGAGUGCUAUGACCCCAACGGGUCUACGGGGGAGCGGACUCGUACCAGAAAAGUGAGCCAGUUUCCAAUAGGUGGAGGAGAAGACUGCCCAGAGCUGGAGGAGAAGGAGCCAUGCAGCCCCCAAGGAGAAGCCGUCCCACCAUGCAUUGUCUACAAAUGGAAAACAACUGAGUGGACUGAGUGUCGGGUCGAUGUGCUGCUGAGCCAGCAGGACCGUCGGCGUGGAAACCAGACAGGCUUGUGUGGGGGUGGCAUCCAGAGACGUGAAGUCUAUUGUGUUCAGGCCAGUGUUGAUAUACCAUCCAACCUGAGCCCGCUCAGGAGUAAAGACGCAUCACGGCCUGUGGACAGUGCUCUGUGUCUGGGUAUUCCUCCAAACACCACCCAGCUGUGCCAUAUGAAGUGUCCUGUUGAGUGUCAGGUGUCUUUGUGGAGUGCCUGGGGACCUUGCACCUAUGAGAACUGUCAAGAUCAGUCCACCAAGAAAGGCUUCAAAAUGAGGAAGAGGAAGAUCAUCAAUGAGCCCACUGGGGGGAUGGGGAACUGCCCCAUCUAGUAGAAGCAAUUCCAUGCGAAGGACCCCAGAUGCUACAACUGGCUGGUGGUUAAAACUGGGAGGAGUGCAUCCCCUGAUAAUGAGAAGGAAUGUGGACCAGGAACGGAUCCCCAAGUCCAGUGUGUCAACAGUGAUGCUGUUUCUCUGGUACAUGCUGUGGCUUUGCUGUGGUGCCAUGUGGAGGGGCAUGGUAUAUGUGAGAGAAACAACUUUUGCCGUGAUGCCAUCCUUCCUGCCACCAUCUGUGAGGUGCCUUGCCCAAAGGACUGUGCCCUGAGCCCCUGGACCCCCUGGUCCCUCUGCUCCCAUACGUGCUCUGGGAAAAACACAGAGGGCAGGCAGACCCGAGUGCGCUCCAUCCUGGCCUAUAAUGCUGGAGAAGGAGGAAUCCAGUGUCCCGACAUCAGCGCCCUGCAGGAGGUGAGGAACUGCAAUGACCAUCCCUGCACCAUGUACCACUGGCAAACCGGCCCAUGGGGACAGUGCAUAGAGGACUCCUCCAUCCCAUCCACCAACGGAUCUGUGGGCCGGAUACAUGGCGAUGACAUCUCCUGCUCAGUGGGGAUGCAAACACGCAAAGUCAUCUGUGUCCGUGUCAAUGUUGGUCAGGUUCCUCCUAAAAGUGUCCAGAGAGUCUUCGCCCCUGACACCGUCAGACCCUGCAUGCUUCCAUGUAAGAGAGACUGUAUUGUUACCCCAUACAGCGACUGGAGUCCCUGCCCAUCAACGUGUCAGACAGGUGAUAACACCAAGAAGAAGCAAUUCAUGGAAACGAUUGUUAUCCAAUUACCAGCCAACGGUGGACAGGAUUGUCCUGAAGUUCUGACUCAGGAAAGAGACUGUGAAGCUCAUUCUGUCUGUAAUGGAUACAGAUGGAAAACCCACAAGUGGCGGAGAUGUCAGCUGGUCCCAUGGUCUGUUCGCCAAGACAGUCCUGGAGCUCAGGAGACCUGCCCAGGCUUGCAGUUCCGAGCUGUUUCAUGUCGGAAGGUGGAUGGUGGGCAGGCUGAUGUGGAAGCUUGUCUGAAGCUGUCCAGCCCCAUGCCGCCGCUCACACAGCCGUGCCAGCUGCCCUGCCAGGACGACUGUCAGCUCAGCAGCUGGUCCAAGUUCACCUCCUGCACCGCCGACUGUGUGGGGGUCCGGACCCGCAAGAGGAUCCUCGUCGGGAAGAGCAAAAAGCGCGAGAAGUGUAAAAACAACCAAAUAUAUCCCCUGAGUGAGACCCAGUACUGCCCCUGUAAUAAGUACAAUGCCCAGCCUGUAGGAAACUGGUCUGACUGUAUCCUGCCUGAAGGAAGCCACAUGGAGGGCCAGCUUGGAAUGAAAGUCCAAGGUGACAUCAAGGAAUGCGGCCAAGGAUACCGGUACCAGGCCAUGGCGUGCUACGACCAGGACAGCCGCAUAGUGGAAACAUCACGCUGCAACAGUCAUGGUUACAUCGAGGAGGCUUGCAUCAUCCCGUGUCCGUCUGACUGCAAACUGAGCGAGUGGUCCAACUGGUCGCGCUGCAGCAAGUCAUGUGGCAGUGGGGUCAAAGUUCGCUCCAAGUGGCUCAGAGAAAAGCCCUACAAUGGAGGAAGGCCAUGUCCCAAGCUGGACCACGUCAACCAGGCUCAGGUGUAUGAGGUGGUGCCUUGCCACAGUGACUGUGGGCAGUACAUCUGGAUGGCAGAGCCUUGGAGUGUUUGGAAAAUCAGCAACGUGGACCUGAAGAGCAACUGUGGAGAAGGAGUUCAGACCAGAAAAAUCCGGUGUAUGCUCAACACCAUAGAUGGACCCUCUGAGCAGGUGGAGGACUAUCUGUGUGACCCAGAAGAGAUGCCGUUAGGGACCCGCAAGAGCCGCCUGCCGUGCCCUGAGGACUGCGUGCUAUCAGACUGGGGAGCAUGGAGCCCAUGUUCUCUGCCGUGUAAUGAGAACAGCACACGCGAGAGGGCGGCAUUCCCACUCCGCCAGCCGGGAAAAGGGAAGACCUGUCCCGCCACGACAGAGACAGAACCCUGCAGAGUCAACAACAACUGCUUCCACUAUUCUUACAACAUCACGGACUGGAGCACUUGUCAGCUCAGUGACAGAGCAGUGUGUGGAAACGGCAUCAAAACCCGCAUGCUGGACUGUGUUCGCAGUGAUGGCAAAUCUGUUGAGCUCAGCUUCUGCCAGCAGCUGGGUCUGGAGAGGAAGUGGCAGAUGAACGCUUCCUGUGUUGUGGAAUGUCCCAUUAACUGCCAGCUGUCCGACUGGUCGGCAUGGUCCGAGUGCACGCAGACCUGUGGCCUGGCAGGUAAAUUGUGGAGAAGAAGAACAGUGAUCCAGGCCCCUCAAGGUGACGGGAGGCCAUGCCCAUCCCAGAUGGAGCAGUGGAAGCCUUGUCUAGCGAAGCCAUGCUACAGCUGGAGAUACAGCUCCUGGUCUGAGUGCAAGUCUGAGGGGGCUCGUUGUGGAGAAGGAGUGCGCUUCAGGAAUGUGUCAUGCUUUGUGUCGGACGGCUCGGGUCAGCAGGACAGCAACAUGGUGGAUGAUGAACUUUGUGGCGAUCUAGAGCCUUCAGUGGACGGAGAAGCACAAAUCAUUCUGCAGGACUCCUGCACUGUUCCCUGUCCUGGCGAGUGCUACUUGACAGACUGGACUGUCUGGAGUCCGUGCCAGCUAAGCUGUGUGAACGGUGAUGACGUUGGUUUCGGCUCGGUCCAGGUCCGAUCCAGAGCUGUUGUUGCCCAGGAUCCAGAGAACCUGUUGCAGUGUCCAGAACAGGAGCUGGAGGCUCGGCCAUGUGCAGGUGGCCAUUGUUUUGAAUACAAGUGGAGGACUGGACCGUGGAGAAGUUCAUCUCGCCAAGUGUGGUGUGAGCGUUCAGACGGACAGAAUGUCACUGGUGGUUGCUUGGCAACAGCCAAACCAAUCGCUGACCGAUCCUGUAACCCACCAUGUACAAAACAAUGGUCUGUGUGCACAGAGGCGGGUGUGUGCGGCUGUGAGGAAGGUUACACUGAAGUAAUGACCUCGGACGGUCUGUUGGAUCAGUGUACCCUCAUUCCUGUACUAGAGAUCCCCACCGGAGUCGACAACAAGGCUGAUGUGAAAACCAUCCGAGCCUUCAACCCCUCACAGCCUGCAGCCAGCUCACCAGGCAGGGCAGGAAGAACCUGGUUCCUGCAGCCCUUCGGCCCAGACGGGAAGCUGAAGACCUGGGUGUACGGAGUCGCUGCAGGAGUGUUUGUUCUACUCGUCUUCCUCAUCUCGAUGACAUAUCUAGCAUGCAAAAAGCCAAAGAAGCCUCAGCGACGGCAGAUGAACAACAGACUGAAGCCGCUGACGCUGGCCUACGACGGAGACGCCGACAUGUAGAAGUCUUCCUCCACUCUUCUGUACAGACAUCCCUCUUCGUCUGGGACACAGGGUUGCCAUGGAAACCCCUUUAACAUCAGGGUCAGCCAGCUCGCAGACAGAAAAACCCCUGAGAGAAAGAGAAACCUCAACGCUCAGUAGACUUCACCCAUUUUUCACCCCCAGCUUUGACGUUUCCGUCUUCUUUCGUUUCGGUGCUUUGUUUCACGAGAGCCUUCGUUCACGUUUUUUUAUCUUCUUCAGGAAGUCCGCCUUCGCUUCUUCAUCAUGAACUACUGCCAGCAGCACCGACUUCGUAGACAGACGUUGCUGUAAAAGCACAAACAUGCAUCCUUUGCUCAUUUUCUGACAGCUUUGUUGAUGGAUUUCUGCAUCACUUCUAGAAGAACAUCCUGACUCCUCCUGGUCGUACGACCGUGAAUCCACAGCCAGGGCCGCCAACGCCCCCGCCUGCCUCCACCCUCUCAUCUACAGGCAUACUGUAAUUUUGCACUAUAUUAGUGCAGCAUGUUAUGAUGUACUAAUGUCUCGCUUUGCCAUAUGAAACUGCCUCUCAGUACAAGAUGGUGUACAGUCUUGUGCUAUAAAUAUGAGAAAAAAAACAUAAAAGCAAAAAAAAGAAAAAAAAUUUGCGAACAGAACUUAAUGUUUGAUAAUAUUUUUCUUCUAUUUUCUCUUGUAUGCCAUACGACCUAUCUCCAUGUAAAUAGAUUUGUAUUUAUUAUUGUUAUUAUUUAUUUAUAAUGUGGUCUCAGCUUUAGCUCUCUAGUAUGUACAGCUACAUUUUCCAAACUCUGCAGGAGUUCAUUUAUUCUUGGAUAAACAAGCAAGUAUCUGACUGUGGCUUCACAUCAGGAUUGUUCUCUUUUUUUAUAAUUCAAAAACAUUUUUAUUAAAACUACAGAGAAUACGUUAUUACUAACAGUGACACUGAAAAAACCAGACAGAACCCGAACGUGUCGGCUGUAAUCUCUGUUUCACACUGCCUUCAUUCAACUAAUCUGACCUGUGAUGAGACGUUUAGGUUCAUUUUAACAGAUUUUUAGUAAAAAGAAAAGAAAGUUCUGCCAUUCAUGACUUAAAACCUUAAAAUAUUCUCUUCUGUAAUGGUCCCCACUCAACCAAACAUGUUUCUAAACUUAUAUUCUUUUUCCUAAUUAAUCUAAAUAUGAUUGUUAAUCAUUUUCUUAAGUCCCUCGCAGAGUCUGAGUUUGAAAAUAAAAAUCUGAUCAUUAUCUGAUUUCUGGUCAUG